UUUCAACUCAGUUGCUCCUUUCUCUAACAUCGUCGAUCACCGGAAUCUCGUCGUCGCAGAGAAAAAUGGCGGAGAAAAGUAAGAUUUUGAUCAUCGGAGGAACCGGUUACAUCGGAAAAUUCAUUGUCGAGGCCAGUGCGAAGUCCGGUCAUCCUACUUUCCUCCUUGUCAGGGAAUCUACGCUAUCUGAUCCUUCCAAAUCCUCCCUGGUCGACUCUUUUAAGAAAUCCGGCGUUACUUUCAUCACUGGGGACUUGUACGAUCACGAGAGUCUGGUGAAGGCGAUAAAGCAGGUAGACGUUGUGAUAUCGACGGUUGGUCACGCACAACUCGGAGAUCAAGGUAAAAUCAUCGUGGCCAUCAAAGAAGCUGGUAACGUGAAGAAAUUCUACCCAUCUGAGUUCGGAAAUGAUGUGGACCGUACUAAUGCCGUGGAGCCAGCCAAAACGGCCUUUGCAAUCAAGGCUCAGAUCCGGCGUGCCACUGAAGCUGAAGGAAUCCCUUAUACCUAUGUAUCGUCCAAUUGUUUUGCCGGUUAUUUCCUUCCAACUUUGGCUCAGCCAGCAGCCACGGCUCCACCAAGGGACAAGGUUGUCAUCUUAGGCGAUGGAAAUGCGAAAGUUGUUUUCAAUGACGAACAUGACAUUGGAACCUACACCAUUAAAACCGUGGACGACCCAAGAACCCUGAAUAAAAUCGUGUACAUCAAACCCCCCGCUAACAGUUACUCAUUCAACGAGCUCGUGUCUUUAUGGGAGAAAAAGAUCGGCAAAACCUUGGAGCGGGUCCAUCUUCCAGAAGAACAAGUUUUGAAGAACAUACAAGAAUCUCCGGUUCCACUCAACGUGGUGUUAUCAAUUUCUCACUCGAUCUUUGUGAAGGGAGAUCAAACAAACUUUGAGAUCGAACCAUCAUUCGGGGUGGAAGCUUCGACACUUUAUCCUGAUGUUAAAUACACUACUGUCGACGAGUAUCUAACCCGUUUCGUCUGAAAAAGGUGACUGGCCGGUGGCCGUAAUAACGAUGUUUAUGUCGAUUUAUUCCACAUGGGUUAUUUCUACUAUCUUGGCUUUCUGUUUGGUGGUCCUACGGUACUGCCAAAGCUUUAUGAGAAUAAAACACUAAACGUAGAAUGGAGUGGUUUUGAAUGUUUCCUGGCCUUCAACUGAAUGUGUGGUGAUUGGUAUUGUUUUUAUGGUCCUUGUAAACACAUUAAUCUUAAUGUCAACUUUUACGUCCUUGCAUA